CAGAUGGUUAUUAUUUGCUAAUUGAGUAGAAUUUUCGAUAUAUUACACUUUCUUACUUUUUUUCUUAUCAUCAUUUGUCGUCGCGUCGUCUGACAGCGGUUGUGACUCCUCUUUUUGCGUUUCUAUUGGGGAUUCUGCAUUGUCAGACAUCUUCAGGUAACCACUUUGCUUUGGUUAGUUGUUCCCACCCAUAGAAGGUUCCCCCCACCGCACUGAGCUAGCAAGACGAACAGUGGCUGCGAUUGGCUACAGAAACGUCAAUCACCAAGACACGUAAUUCUAUUGGUCAAUGCGCUUAUGGAGCGCUGGGUUUAUCAAAGACUCAUGAACUUGUGUCUUCUCUUAGCUACAUGCUAGGAGACGGUACAUUGGACAUCAUACUUUAUCCUGGCAGCUGAACUUUCUACAGUCCUGUUGAACCUGUCACCCACUGCUCGUCCUCCUCCUCAAAAUCGGACCAUUCAGACAACAACAUGGCAAGAAUUGGCAGGCUCUCCACCAAGGAUUCGGUGCUUUUCCUGUGUGACAUGCAAGAGAAGUUCCGUCCCAACAUCUUCCAGUUCACCAACAUUGUCAGCAAUGCGGCCAGAUUGCUCCAGGCCAGUCGUGUUCUGGGCAUCCCGUCCAUUUUGACAGAGCAGUACCCUAGAGGCUUGGGUCCCACAGUACCAGAGUUGGGAGCAGAAGACCUGACCGCUCAUGCUAAAACUUCAUUCACCAUGAUGAUAGAGGAGGUUGAGAAGGAGCUGCAGACCCUGGGGAACCCCAAGCAGGCUAUACUGUGUGGAAUAGAGGCACACGCCUGCAUUGCAUGCACAACAUUUGACCUGCUCGAAAAGGGAAUGGAGGUUCAUAUUGUGGCUGAUGCAGUCUCAUCCAGAAGCCAGACAGACCGUUUGUUUGCUCUGUCCCGACUGAAGCAGAGCGGAGCUUUCCUCACCACCACAGAGGCUGUUAUGCUGCAGCUGGUUCAAGAUGCCAAACACCCCAACUUCAAGCAGGUCCAGAAGCUUUUGGCCCACCCAUCUCCUGACACCGGCCUCCUCGCCUUCUUCAGCGCUCUGUAGGGAGAUCAUCACCUGUCAUUUUGUGCCAGAAAUACUGUACAGAAUGUUACUGCUUCCAACACAAUGUUUAAGUUCUUCAAUAAAGUGAUGCUGCUAUAAAUCUGUA